CAGUCUUCCCAAGGAGCUUUUAUCAGUUACAGUUACAGGCUAUAAAACUUUUGGGCGUGCAAAGCUUAUGAAAGUCAACAGGGGGCGCUAAAAACCCAACUAGUGGUGGAAAAUGGCGGCCUCCAUGUCCAGUUGAUCGUCUGUCGUCUAUUUUCGUCGUCAUAUGCGCUAUUGAGUGUGGUAUCGUCAGCAUGGGGCCGGAUAAUGAGGAAACGUCCAACACCCUAAUAGUGCGCCACCUACCUGCCGAGCUGAGUCCUGCAGACAGGGAGGAUCUACUGAAACACUUUGGUGCUGAGAGUGUCAAGUGUAUGUCAGACAAGGGCAGGAUGAAACACACUGCCUUUGCAACAUUCACUGGCCACCAAACAGCUGAAAAGGCUCUGACAAGGUUGCACCAGUUGGAAGUACUUGGCAGAAGACUUGUAGUGGAGUUUGCCAAGAAACAGCACAAGAAACACAUGACCGUUGUCCAAUCAGAUCAGGACAAUGAAGAGACAAUAAUCAAGGAAGAGAAAGACAAGAAAUCUGCAGAUAGCACAGAUGACAAGAAACCAGCAGAAAGCAACCAAAGAGGAACACUUCCCCAAACAGCAAUUGCUUCCUCUCUUGGACUGCAGUAUGUGAUGAACCCCAGACUGCAUUACCUGUACCCCCCUCCCACAGCCUCCAUCCUUAACAACAUUGCCAACACCCUGGCUGCUGUGCCCAAACUCUAUGUCCAGGUUCUACAUUUGAUGAAUAAGAUGAACCUACCUGCCCCUUUUGGACCUCUUACUCAACAUCCACCGCUGGCCACAGAGAUGGAGUAUGUGGGAGAUGAUAACCUGGCUGAGGAGGAGAUGAGCGAGAGUGAGUCUGAGCUGGAGAGCGAUGAGGAAACACAGACAGGGAUCCCCGGCCAAGCACAAGGAAAGGGUGUGAAAAGGCCUGCCGCAAAGAAGAGGAGACCUCACAAGAGACCCAGACUACAGGCUCUCCCACCCCUGGUGCAGCCCCGCCCCUCCACCCAACCUGCCCCUGCCCCAGGGGAGGUGUUUGAGCAGCCUGAGGGGGUGGGGGUGAAGAAGAUUGAGCUGAACCUACCCUCAGCAAUCGAGGCUGAGAGACAGGUUGAAGAAGAUGAUGAAGAAAGAGUAGCAGGAGAAGCUGAUCAGGAUACUUCAGAAAUGUCUGGUUUUGGCAAGUUUGAGCCCCCGCCCGUUGUCAUGGAGACAGAAGAGGAGGAGGAGCCGGAGGAUGAGAGCACAGAUUUCAUCUCCAGCAGGGAGCUGAGAAGGGGCAGACUCUCUCAUGAUGAUAUAAGGAAGCUCUCUGUCUUUAAGAACUAUUCGGCAGGAGAACCCAACUGUCGUCUCUACAUCAAGAACGUUGCUAAACAAACAGAGGAAAAGGACUUGAGAUUCAUCUAUGGCAGAUAUGUCAACUUUGACGAUGACAUUGAAAAGGAAAUGUUUGACAUCAGGUUAAUGAAAGAAGGUCGGAUGAAGGGCCAGGCGUUCAUCGGCCUUCCGUCUGAGAAGGUGGCGCAGAAAGCAGUCCGAGACACCAACGGGUUUGAGUUGAACGGCAAACCCCUUGUUGUGCAAUUUGCAAGGUCAGCAAAACCAAAGGAGAAAGCAGACAGCAAGGACCAUGGCAAGGGCAAGAUUGGAAAGAAGAGCUGAUGUACAAUUUGUCUUUUACAGUACUUAGUAGAAGCAAAAUCUCUAUGUACAAUGAACUGUAUACUUCACUGCAAUAUUUUUUACGUAAAAAAUUAUACCUCUCAUUACUGCAUAAAACAUAUCUUAAAUUCAUUUGCAUUUUUCUUUUCUCCGCAAUAUAUCAGGGCAGAUUAAUUAAUUAAAUCUUCUUGCAAACUUUCAA